ACUUGGCAGUUCGCUGUCGACCAUUGGUGUCAGCUGGUGGUUUCGUCAGAUUGUAUCGUGAAUCCUGUAAUAUCACAUCGAUCACCGUGCAGAAGAGAGAGAUUCAAGAUGAGCGGAGGAAUGCCAGAAUUGGGCUCAAAGAUUAGUUUAAUAUCGAAAGCAGAUAUUCGUUAUGAAGGCCGACUCUUUACUGUUGAUCCUCAAGAAUGUACGAUUGCCUUAGCUAAUGUACGUUCGUUUGGAACUGAGGAUAGAGAAACACAACUUCCAGUGGCACCGCAAAAUCAAGUAUAUGAAUAUAUUUUAUUCCGUGGUUCAGACAUUAAGGAUAUUAGAGUGGUUAAUAAUGUCAGUUCUAUUCCAAAUGAUCCUGCUAUUGUACAGAUGACGGUACAACCGUCUAUGAGCCAGCAAUCAUACCAGCCACAACCUAGUUAUGCACAUCCAAUGAUGGGUCCAAUGGGUGGACAAUAUGGAACACCCUAUGGCAUGACAAUGGGUACCAUGGGACCUGUAAUGGGAAUGACAACUUCUGCUAGAGAUCCUCGUGGACCUAUAAAUAAACAGCCAAGUGAGUUGAGCUUGGGCUCUGUUGAACCCAAUGCCAUCUCUAUCCCAAACUCACUACCGACGGCCAAUGUCAACCUAUUACCAAAAGACCAAUCUCUGGAAGAUGGUGUAUUAGAUCUCAUUAGUGGAGGUUCAAGAUCAACAACACCAACUUCAUCUUUAUUAACGCGAAAAAGUCCAACUGUGGAUCAGGGAAUUCAGGUAGGUCAUCAGCAGCAGCAGCAACAACAGCAGCAGCAGCAACAACAACAGCAACAACAACAACAACAACAGAGUGGAAAUGUUGGCAAGCUUGGUGAAAAGACGAAUAUGAGGACCAUUCAACCAGCUCGACGCGAUCACAAUAGUCAUAGUGGUAAUAAAUUUGGAGGCACUGCAACCCAAUAUAAUGAAGGAAAACGUGAUGCAAUGAAACAAGAUGGUCAACUACAUGGUCAAGGCACACAUAUCCAAGGUGGCCGAGGAAAUCGUGGUGUAUGGUUGAAUCGUGGAAAUAUGCGGGGUAGAGGAAGAGGUCGUGGUGGUUUUAGAAAUCAACCUGGUAACGCUGGUGCCAAACCCAAGAAUACGUUGAAGUUCGAUAACGACUAUGACUUUGAACAAGCUAAUACUGAGUUCGAAGAAUUAAGAUCUCAGUUAGCAAAAACAAAAAUUGAUUCUGGUGCUGAUAAUGAAAAGAAGGAUGAUAGUGGCAAUGAAACUGGAGCAGGUGAAGGUGAGCCCGAGGAAGAAUCUGAGAUAGUUCAUUAUGACAAGUCAAAAUCUUUCUUCGACAACAUCAGCUGUGAAGCUGUUGAAAGGAGUAAAGGACGGUUCCAACGUACGGACUGGAGGACAGAGCGCAAAUUGAACUCUGAAACGUUUGGUGUAGCGUCAACGAGACGUGGUGGUUUUCGUGGACGCGGUUACUAUAAUCGUGGGAUGGGCGGCAUGUAUCGAGGUGGUGCUGGUGCCGGUGGUGCAGGUGGUUCUGGUUUUCGAGGUGGUUAUAGAGGUUCCAGAGGUGGAAACCGUAAACCUGCUAACCAACAACAACAAAAUAAUACUGGCAGUCAAAAUCGCACGACCAACGAACAAUCUGCUACUCAAUCGCAGCAGAAUAGUCGCGUUGUACCUUUUUGAACGAACAACGCACUACUAUAUAUAUAUACAUAUAUAUAUAUAUAAGUAUUCACUUUAGAUUAAGAUUUUAUGAUACGUGC